CCCACACCAGUCUCUCCUUUUGCCAGGGACUAAAAUGGACGCCGAGACGUCGGCGGCUCUUUACGUCACGUGACAGUGCAACACUGCGAUCAGCUUGGGAAGAGGCUGGUGUUUACUUGUCAGAAAACAGCAUUUGAAGUCAGAAAGUCAUCAUCCUGGGAAACAAAAUCAGACAACUCCUGUGCUCCUGCCCCACAUGAGGGUGCCCCACAAGGCUCCAUCAUGGCUCAGCAACGUGGGGUAAACAGCCUGCGCUUCAAUCAGGAUCAGAGUUGCUUCUGCUGUGCUAUGGAGACUGGAGUUCGGAUCUAUAAUGUGGAACCUCUGAUGGAGAAGGGGCACCUGGACCAUGAACAGGUGGGCAGUGUAGCGCUGGUUGAAAUGCUACAUCGGUCCAAUCUUCUAGCCAUUGUAGGUGGUGGUGGCAACCCCAAAUUUUCAGAGAUCUCAGUCUUGAUCUGGGAUGAUGCCCGUGAAGGGAAGGAAGGCAAAGACAAGCUAGUACUGGAGUUCACCUUCACCAAGCCAGCGCUGGCUGUCCGCAUGAGACAUGACAAGAUAAUAAUAGUUCUACGGAAUCGAAUUUAUGUCUAUUCCUUCCCUGACAAUCCUACGAAGCUCUUUGAGUUUGACACACGGGACAACCCCAAAGGACUCUGUGAUCUCUGUCCCAGCUUGGAGAAGCAGCUCCUGGUUUUCCCUGGACAUAAAUGUGGUAGCUUGCAACUAGUGGACCUCUCCAGCACGAAGCCUGGGACUUCAUCUGCCCCGUUCACCAUCAAUGCCCAUCAGAGUGAGAUUGCGUGCAUCUCUCUCAACCAGCAGGGCACUGUGGUGGCCUCUGCCUCUAAGAAAGGGACCCUCAUCCGCCUCUUUGACACACAGACCAAGGAGAAGCUGGUGGAGCUCAGGAGAGGAACUGACCCAGCAACAUUGUACUGCAUUAACUUCAGCCAUGAUUCUUCCUUCCUCUGUGCCUCCAGCGACAAAGGAACCGUCCACAUCUUUGCCCUGAAAGAUACCCGCUUGAAUCGCCGUUCAGCGUUGGCACGCGUAGGAAAGGUUGGGCCCAUGAUAGGCCAGUAUGUAGAUUCUCAGUGGAGCCUGGCCAGCUUCACUGUGCCAGCUGAGUCUGCCUGCAUCUGUGCAUUUGGAAGGAAUACUUCGAAGAACGUCAACUCAGUCAUUGCUAUCUGUGUCGAUGGCACUUUUCACAAAUACGUCUUCACUCCAGACGGCAACUGCAACCGUGAAGCCUUUGACGUCUACCUGGAUAUAUGUGAUGAUGAUGACUUUUGAGUACAACUCAGCCCAUACUGGGCAGGCAGAGUGAACUUAUGGGCAGUUUGGAAGUAUUGUUUUGACAUGUUGAAGGCCUAGGUUGAGAAAGACAAAGACACAUUGUUUUUGGAUUCUUGUGAUGGAUUGGAAUGGAGAGCGGCCUUAUUCAUCAUUUCUUGCCACCAGGCAUUGUGUUUUGACUACUCCUUCCUGCUGGGCAACCGGUUUCCACAGGAAGAGUGAAAAAUUCCAGAGAAUUGGGGAGUAAGUGUCUCA